CCUCCGCCUGCUCCGCACCGUCGCCUCCCGUUCGGAACCCCAAGCUCCCCCGCCGGCGAAAUGGCCCCGAAGCGAGGCGGCAAGGCCCCGGUGCCGGCGAAGAAGAAGCCGGCGCAGGUGACGAACCCGCUGUUCGAGAAGAGGCCGAAGCAGUUCGGCAUCGGCGGCGCGCUGCCGCCCAAGAAGGACCUGCACCGGUUCGUCAAGUGGCCCAAGGUCGUGCGCAUCCAGCGACAGCGCCGCAUCCUCAAGCAGCGCCUCAAGGUGCCCCCGGCGCUGCACCAGUUCACCCGCACACUCGACAAGAACCUCGCCACCAACCUGUUUAAGAUGCUUCUCAAGUACCGCCCUGAGGACAAGGCUGCCAAGAAGGAGCGCCUCUUGAAGAGGGCCCAGGCUGAGGCUGAGGGGAAGACUGUUGAGGCCAAGAAGCCAAUUGUUGUGAAGUAUGGUCUUAACCAUGUCACUUACCUCAUUGAGCAGAGCAAGGCCCAGCUGGUUGUCAUCGCCCAUGAUGUUGACCCAAUUGAGCUGGUUGUAUGGCUCCCAGCCCUCUGCAGGAAGAUGGAGGUCCCAUACUGCAUUGUCAAGGGGAAAUCACGUCUUGGAUCGAUUGUUCACAAGAAGACCGCCUCUGUUCUCUGCCUGACCACUGUCAAGAACGAGGACAAGCUUGAGUUCAGCAAGAUCUUGGAGGCUAUCAAGGCGAACUUCAACGACAAGUUCGAUGAGGUCAGGAAGAAGUGGGGAGGCGGCGUCAUGGGCUCCAAGUCCCAGGCAAAGACCAAGGCCAGGGAGAGGCUCAUCGCCAAGGAGGCUGCACAGAGGUUGACCUAAGCAUAGCCUUCUAUGCUGAGCAUAUGCCAUGUAGUUUCCCUUUCAGUGUCCUGAUUUUGAGGAGGAACUUGGAACUCUUUUAGCAGCACCUGUGGAAUCAAUCGUAUUGUGGUUUUCUGAUUCUUGUUCUGUUCGCCUAGACCAUGUGGAGAUCAGAUGAUGUUACCAUGUUUGCUAUAUAGAUUUAUGUCUUGUGUUGAGCCA